AUGAGGGACACCUACGCUGCCACUCUCGCUGCUAGAUCUUUCAGAACACUCAUGUCAAUAUGUGCACGCUUUGGUCUCGAAAUAAAAGGAUUUGACGCCGUUAAUGCCUUUGUCAACGCUAAAAUCGAUGAAGAAAUGUACAUGAAAAUGCCGCCAGGUUAUCGGAAGAGAGGUCUCAUCUACCGGAUCAAUAAAGCCAUAUACGGGCUUCGCAGGUCACCUCUUCUCUGGCAAGAAGAACUAACUGGCACCCUCAAGGACCUUGGAUUCAAGGCCGUUCCUCAUGAACCCUGCUGCAUGCUUCGCUCUGGGAUUAUCCUCUUCUUUUACGUUGACGAUAUUGUACUCGCAUAUAAGAAGGAACGAGAAGCGGAGGCUAACGAGAUUAUGGCCCGUCUGCGGAAAAAGUACAAUAUUACCGGCGGCGAAGACUUGGAUUGGUUCCUAGGAAUGAGAAUAGUUAGGGACCGAGAGAAGAAGCUUAUAUGGCUCAGCCAGGCCACCUAUAUCGACAAAAUCGCCAAGUUAGUUGACUCACACCAGAACGACGAUGUGCCUAUGUCACGAGAGGAACUACUCCCAUACGAAGGCACUGCUGACUACUCGAGUAUUCAUAAAUACCAACGAAAAGUCGGCUCAAUAAUGUACGCUGCUGUGAGUACGCGACCUGACGUUGCUUUCGCCGUCUCAAGGCUUGCGAGAUUCCUCACCAAUCCUGGACCUAAGCACCAUAAAGCUGCCGAUAAAGUGCUCUCCUAUCUCAGACGAUUCCGUACAUAUGCUCUUAAGUUGGGGGGUGGAGACGAUUACACUGUGUCAACAGACGCCUCCUUUGGGGAUAAUACACUUGACCGCAAGAGCUCGCAAGCAUACGUUAUGACUCUUUUCGGAGGAACGAUUGGUUGGCAAGCCAACAAGCAGGAUACAGUAACAACAUCAACUACGGAAGCCGAAUUGUUAGCUCUCGCUCAGGGGGUGAAGGAAGGUAAAUAUAUCCUCCGACUGCUCUUGGAGUUAGAUAUUCGAUUCCAAACACCUACCCUCCACGUUUACUGCGAUAACAAACAGACGCUGGGACUGCUUGAGAAAGAUGCUCCACGAUUGCGUACAAAGCUUCGACACGUUGACAUUCACAACCACUGGGUUCGACAAGAGGUACAGAAGGGAGAUGUCCAAGUGCACUAUAUGUCCACAAAAGAUAUAAUCGCCAACGGCCUCACUAAGACACUGAGCAAGCAGGAGCACCAAAAGUUUCUUAAACAAAUCGGAGUAGAGAAUAUCGACAGCUAUCUAGCUCCUCAGCAAAAGGAUAUAGAGAAACUGGAUUUCGAGGAACUGCUUUCUCUCAACGACAUGCCCGAUGACAUAUGA